AAAAUGAAAUUGUUGCUAGUUUUUUCUAUAUCCCUGAUGCUGGUUGCCUACGUGGCUGGAGCAGCUGAAUCUACCGAUCAAUACGAUGAUGAUGAGGAUUAUGACUAUGACUAUUAUGAUGAUUAUGAAGAUGAUACCACCACCACUGAAAAAAGUGCAGGAACUCCCACAACAACCACUGAAAGGAAUGCUCCAGCCCCACCUGCAAGUCCUCGUGCGACCCCACCUGCAACUCCUUCCGCUCCUGCAACCACUGGAAAUGCCAACAGUAAUUCGGGUUCAGAGGAGGAGGAGGAUUAUAAUUACAAUGAUUAUUCGGAUUCAGACGAUUAUGAUUCUGUAACCUCAGCCGAGUCCGAUCAAGAUGACAGUGCAUCCAGUGAUUCCGCCAGCAACUCUCCACCCAAGGCAACGACUGCCGGCAAGAAGAAUGCGAACCGUCGACGACGCAGGCGCACCACUAUUGCACCAAGACGUCGCGCUGCCAAUGCCGCCAACAAGCGCAAGGCUACGCCUGCCACACCCGCCAAGAGGCAACAAGCCGCAGCCACCAAGAAGCAGACACCUGCAGCAGCCAAAAAGCAGACACCUGCUGCAGCCAAGAAGCAGACACCUGCUGCGGUUAAGAAGACACCUACCCAGAAGCGGACCAACGCUGCCGUCAACAACCGCAAGCGCUCAGGUUAA